AGUGAUAUUGCAAAUAUAAACAUUUAAAUAAACAUUACUGAGUCUAAUCCAUUCAAUUCUUGCCAUCUGUCACUCGCAAUAUUUUGUUUCAAGCAUAAAUCCUCAUCAAAGUCAACAAACUUGUAUUGUAUCAUGUUAAAUAGUUUUAACUACACACCGUAAAGUAGUCUAGCCUGUUACUAAAGACUGCAAGAUGCAAAGCGACAGAAAUGUCAACAGAAUCUCGUGUUUUAUUCUCCUCCUGUUUGUUUUAAUUACCUGGGGAUAUGUUAUCAAUGCUGGACUUUAUUUAACAAACGUUAACGAGAUGAAUUAAUUAUGGAACUUCUGAAUGAAAGCUCAGCACUGCUCAGUAACUAUGAAGUCUACACUUUAUUACUGGACAUCCAAGCUGGCCGAAAUGGUCAGAGCAAACCCACCAAGAACCAGACCAAUUUAGCUACAGUAACAUAUGAAACUGUUAAAUAUUUAGAAAGUACCAGCUGUAAGCAUUUGAAUGCACCGGCUGUGAAAGAAUUUAUUCGGCAUUUGGCACCGUUCCAUUUGACAAAGGCCGAGAAACUGCAGCUGCUGAAUCAGCGUCCCACGAUGGCUGUUGAGAUCCAGUUGUUGAUUGAGGAAAGUGAAGAACGGUUAACCGAAACACAGGUGUAUCAGCUUCUUGAUGUGGUGUCCAAAUAUCUUCCUGAUGGUUCAUUAGAUCUGUCUGAGGAGAGUGAUGACAAAAUUGUAUACGGAGAUGAAGGAGGAGAAGAAGAGGAUGAUCAGCAGCAGGAGAAGGAUGAAGAGUUAGAAGAGAGAAGUGUUAAGAUAGAACAAGAUGAGAACGAUGUGUCUGUGGAGGGAGAAGAGGAGGUUGAAGAAGUCGAAGAGGAAGGUGGGUCCCUCGUUAUGGACGUAACAUCACCUUUAAAUGAGGAUUCUUCUUAGCAGAAGUUAAAAACCACUUUCCUGAUGUCUUCAACCACUCUAAUGUAUCAAUGUAAAAUAAAUAUUUUUGGAUUAUUUUA